AAAUAGGUUAUGUUAUCUUUGUAUAUUUGAAUUUGAAAAUUCUACAUUCUAUUAAUUUUGUAUAUUGUACUACUGUCAGCUUAUUUAGAGUUUAAUUGAAUAAUACACAAGGUAAAAAAAAUGUCUUGGAUAGCCGACAACUCGCUGACAACAUUCCAAAAGUUCUGCAUAAAAAUACUAAAAUGUGGCCCCAUUCCCGAGCACGUAGCAAUCAUAAUGGACGGUAACAGACGCUACGCCCAAAAACAGCACGUAGAAAAAGCAGAGGGCCAUUCGAAAGGCUUUGAUAAGCUAUCCGAUUGUCUCAGUUGGUGUCGAGAAUUGGAAGUCAAAGAAGUAACGGUUUACGCGUUCAGUAUUGAAAAUUUCAAACGUUCCAAAGAGGAAGUUGACCAGCUGAUGCAAUUAGCUAGAGAAAAAUUCGCAAGACUUUUCGAGGAACAGGAUAAGCUCAAUGAACAUGGGGUGUGUAUCAGGGUUAUUGGGAAUUUAGCUUUGUUGCCAGAGGAUUUGAGGAAAUUGAUAGCUAAAGCGAUGCUAAUGACUGAACAUAAUAAUAAAGCUAUUCUUAAUGUUGCCUUUUCAUAUACGUCAAGGGAUGAGAUUACCAACAGUAUUCAGACUAUUGUAGAAGCAGCUAAACAAGGUAAAAUAGAAUUGGAUGAGAUCAGUGAAGAAUUGAUAUCGCAAUGCCUCUACACAAAGUCAAAUCCGGAUUUACUGGUCCGAACUUCUGGAGAAGUCAGACUUAGCGAUUUCUUGUUGUGGCAAACAUCUGACAGCCAAAUCCAUUUCACUGACGUAUUGUGGCCGGAGUUUGGUAUCUGGCAUUUGUUGGGGGGCAUCUUCAAAUACCAAAGGGCUCACAAACAAAUAUUUAAGCUACAAGAGGAGGAAACAAGUAGGGAGGUUGUUAAUGAGAAUGUUAAGUUGUUUUUGAAUGAAUUGAGUGAGAGAAGAUUGAGGCAGUUGGAGAUUUAUGCAAAUGCAUAAUAGUUAAGGUGAUUGGGGUAAUAAUUAUAUUGGAAUUUUCAGAUUAUAUUAUGUACAACCAUUAUUAUUGUAUUGUAUUGUGAAAACUUAAGUGGUAGGUCAUUUUAAUUUUAUGCAAAUGCGUAAUAGUUAAGGUGGUUGGGGUAAUAAUUAUAUUGGAAUUUUUAGAUUAUAUGUACAACCAUUAUUAUUGUAUUGUAUUGUGAAAACUUAAGUGUUAGGUCAUUUUAAUAAGGGUUGUAUAAAGUAUAAAUAAAGACUUAUACAUUCAUAUUAUUUAAAAAAUAUAUUGUUUAUUGUAGAAGGGUAGAAUUGAGAGUGGAAUGGUUUAAUUAGUCUUUGUAAAGCAUCUUAAUGUGAUUUAUUCUGUGAAUAAAAAACUAUAAAAUGAAAUCGAUUUACCAAGUAUUACAAAAUUUAUAGGGUGAUGGAUUUUUAUUAUUAAUUUUUUGCUGUGAGCUGGAAAAUGGUGUAUGUUAUUUGCAACAAACAUUUUUAGUUUUUUUUUUUAUUUCACACUCGACUCUAAAAUUACAAGAAACUGUAAUUCUCAAUCAAAUUCUGCACAAUAAUACUUCCAUCAAUGAUAAGUUUUUCAAUGACUGAUUUUAGGCAUAGAAGCUAAUUUUGUUUCUUCUUUCCAAUUUUCUGAAUUUUUGUGGUCUUAUUUAUGUUUAUUUAUUUCUGAAUAAACAAUUUUUUUCAAAAACCAGUACCUACAUAAAUAGGAAAACAAUGUUCACAAUUUUAUGCUAGCUCUCAGAAAAAUUAAAUUUAAAAACAAUAAAAAUGUGUACCUUAAAUAGCACCAAAGAAAAUAACAAUAUACAUUGUUAAGAAAUAACAAAAUAUCAUACCUAUAACAACAAGCAGAUAAUAUUUUAUUAGUCGUGAGUAAUGUGAGUAUGGUAAAAGUGGCAAAACAAAAUGUUCAGUAGUCCCCUUCAACCUGAUGAUGACAUGUCUAUCUACAGUAGUUAUAGGGAAAACAUGGAGAUCUCUUUUAAGGUCUAAUAUUGAAGAAAUAAAAAUUAUACCAUGUUAUGUAAGCUUUAGAAUUGACGAAUUAUUUCUAAAAAGUUUAUUGUUCAAAUGUUACCUAUUCAUUAAUUAAUUUGCAAGGUGGAAUAUUAUAAAUCCAGAUGUCUUCAGUUAUUGUUAUUAUUCUUAUCUAAAAAAAAUAAAUAACAUAAAUCUUAGGAACAUAGGCGUAUCCAGGGGGGGGGCUGCCGGGCUGCAGCCCCCCCCCCCCCAAGGCUAGUCUAGACUUUUUUUAGCGUAUUUUAUGUGAUAUGUACAUUUUUUUGUAUAAAAAAAAAUAGAAAUAAAAUUCAUUUUUCUAUAAUAAGGUUUUUCUAUGGCGGGUGCCUAAUGCAGCAAGGGAAUCAGUGCUUCAUCUUAAUUAUCCUGCUUGUCCGAAAUACUUCCUUCCUCAGGUGCUCGAUUCUCGUUUCAGAGAGUAGAGCAGUAGAGCUUCUCGGUAGAACGCAUGUUUUGU